GAGAGGCCUUCCGGUUCCCUCUGACGGAUCAGCUGACUCUGACGCUGCCGUCAGGAGACCUCGCCAUCAACAACUGUAUGUGUUGAAUGGCAACUAUGAAAAUCGUCGAGCCAUAGAAACACCGCACACGGCUUCACUCUCCACCGGGCGACGGCCACGUUCUGAAGAACACACCGGUUUUUUCCCCCUCUCCUAGCUGUGGCCAGGUCGCUGUAAUCAUGUCAGAGUUUUGGCUGAUCUCUGCACCGGGAGAGAAGACCUGCCAGCAGACAUGGGACACGAUGAUGGCAGCCACCACACGCAACAACAACCUCUCCACCAACCACAAGUUCAACAUCCCAGACCUCAAGGUUGGAACUCUCGAUGUCUUGGUCGGACUGUCGGAUGAACUGGCCAAAUUGGACUCAUUUGUUGAAGGUGUGGUGAAGAAGGUUGCUCAGUACAUGGCCGACGUGCUGGAGGACAGUCGAGACAAAGUGCAGGAGAACCUGCUGGCAAACGGAGUUGACCUUGUCACCUACAUCACAAGAUUUCAGUGGGACAUGGCAAAAUAUCCCAUCAAACAGUCACUUAAAAACAUCUCUGAAAUCAUCUCAAAGCAAGUAAGCCAGAUCGACAAUGACCUGAAGUCAAGAGCAUCCGCUUACAACAAUCUGAAGGGAAACCUGCAGAACUUAGAGAGGAAGAAUGCGGGGAGCCUGCUGACCAGGAGCCUGGCCGACAUUGUCAAGAAGGAAGACUUUGUGCUCGACUCGGAGUACCUCAUCACUCAGCUGGUAGUUGUUCCAAAGGUAGCAUACACUGACUGGCAGAAAACCUACGAAACACUCGCUGAGAUGGUGGUGCCUCGGUCCUCAAAUUUGCUGUUUGAAGACAAUGACAGCGGCCUGUUUGGCGUCACUCUGUUUAGGAAAGCGAUCGAUGACUUCAAACACAAAGCAAGGGAGAACAAGUUCACAGUCCGAGACUUUCAGUACAAUGAAGAGGAGAUGAAGGCAGACAAAGAGGAGAUGACACGGCUCUCCACAGAUAAGAAGAAGCAGUUUGGGCCACUUGUCCGAUGGCUGAAAGUGAACUUCAGUGAAGCCUUCAUCGCGUGGAUCCACAUUAAAGCGCUCCGGGUCUUUGUGGAAUCCGUUUUGAGAUACGGGCUGCCGGUAAACUUCCAGGCCAUGCUGCUGCAGCCGAGCAAGAAGACCAUGAAGAAGCUGAGGGAGGUGCUCAACGAUCUGUACAAGCAUCUGGACAGCAGCGCCGCAGCCAUCAUUGAUUGUGCGAUGGACAUCCCGGGCUUGAACCUGAGCCAGCAGGAGUAUUAUCCUUACGUCUACUACAAGAUCGACUGCAACCUGUUGGAAUUCAAAGUUUAACACCUUCCCCCUUUUCCUGGUACGGUGCGCCCCCCCCCCGUCCCAAGCUGUCUCUCUCCUCACUGUCGCCUCCCCCUGUCAGCUGCUUGAAUGAUAACGCCGCAUGUUCAUUCCCUCGUGAUGAAAAAGCCUCAUCGACGAGAUCUCGCCACUUUUACAACAAAGGGACAAAAAAAAGAGAGACUUUUAUGUUUUUUGUUUACUGCAUACUUUUACUCCACGAGCAACACAAAUACAUUGGGGUUUUUUUAGAUGUGAAAAUCGAUCAAGAAAUCAUCUUCGUUGUUGUAUAUUUACUGUCAUUCCACAUUCCGCUUUGGUGCGUGUUGACCGCUACAUCUUCUGUAUCCGUGUUCAGAGAUUUUUGUGUUUACAUACGGGCAGUGUUGUCAUUGUACCCACGGCAACCAGAUCUGUGUGUUUCCGAGAUUGCGAAAUUAUUCCUGUGAAACAAAGAUGUUAUACGAGUGUGUGUGUGUGUGUGUGUGCGCGUUGUUGUUGUUGUUGUUUCAUGUUGUGUAUAUUUUCUGUCCAAAAAAUCUAUAUCGGAGUAUUGUGUUUAAAGACAUUGAUUGAAUAAAUGAUUGAUGGAUAAAUCAAAUCAAA